AUGAGUCAUCAUCAACAGAACCAGCAACCAUCGUCGUCAUCCUCGCCUUCGAUGAUGAUGGAGAUGGGUUCUUCUCAAAACAAUAACCAACAACACCACCAACAACCACAUGAAAUUCCCUAUUUACCUUUCAAACCACAACAACAAUAUGAAAAUAAUACUGCUCAUAGUAGCAGCUCCGGUGCCCUUACAUCACCUCCUCCUCUCAUUGUAUCACCUUCAUUGAUUCGGGUUCCAUCGAUGGAGAAUGAUUCCUCUCAAACCAUUAUCGUUGAUUCUAAUCAUCAAAAAGAGAAUGUAGUGGUGGUGUCUAUGAAUGGUUCUCCUCAUCAACAAGCUUUGAAUCAUACUUCCUCCAUCAUUGACAAUAAUGAUCAAAUGAACAAUUCCUCCGAUGCUGCACAAACACCAUCACCUCCCUCCUCUCAACAAGGAGAGGAACGUAAAGAUCUUGCUGCUGCUGAUGAAGAUGAAAAGUAUAAACUUCAUAUCAAUGAUUGGGAUGCCAAUAGCAAGGAAACCAAGAAAUGGUAUUUGGGAAUUAAGAGACCACGAUUUCCAUCGAAUUAUAUCAGUACGACCAAGUACACUUGGUGGAACUUUUUAAUUCUCAAUCCAUUGCUUCAAAUGAAAAAAAUUGGUAACAUUUACUUUAUCAUUGUCAUGAUAUUUGCAUUAGUUCCAGGUGUCAGUCCAACCAAUCCAGUCACAAGUGUUCUCCCAGUGAUAUUUAUUUUAGGUGUGAACAUGGUCCGAGAAGGUGGUGAAGAUUUUCUGCGUUAUUUGAGUGAUCGGAAAGUGAACAAAAUGAGCGCGUACGUACUGAAAGAGAAUGAAUUCCAGAGAGUCGAUACUUGUGAUGUUCGUGUGGGAGAUAUUGUCAAAGUCUCUGAAGAUUAUUCAUUUCCAGCCGAUAUAUUAUUAAUUACAUCCAAUUUAGAAGAUGGAAGUUGUAAUAUUGAAACUGCAAAUUUGGAUGGUGAAACUAAUUUGAAAACAAGAAAUUGUCCGAAAGGUCUACACGCAUUCAACACUCCAGAGAAACUCUCUUCCAUGAAAGGAAUCAUUGAUUGUCAACCUCCAAAUGAAGAACUUUACAAAUUCAAAGGUUCUAUCAAAGUGGAAGGAAUGGGUCCAGAAAUUCCACUCUCUCAUGCAAAUCUAUUGUUAAAAGGUUCUAUUUUGAGAUCUACUCAAUACAUUUAUGGAAUUGUCAUUUACACUGGUCCCGACACCAAGAUUAUGAAGAACAUGCAAAAGGCUAAAGUGAAGUUCAGUUUUGUGAACAAGAUGUUGAACUACUUUAUUGGAGCUUUAUUCGUUUUGCAAAUUAUUUUCUGUUUGAUUUUUGUUGGAUUGGGUGGUUAUGAAGAAUUUGUAAAUGCUUGCCGUUAUGCCUACACUGGAAAGUCAAAAAUUGAAACGACGGAUGCUGGUUAUGUGGUUCUCUCCAUUUUGACCUAUUUCAUUUUGUUGAACUUGUUAAUUCCAGUCUCAUUGUUUGUAUCUUUGGAAUUUGUGAAAAUGAUUCAAGCAUGGUUCAUUACCAUGGACAAUCAAAUGGCCAUCUAUGAUACACAUCCACAUGAUCCUGAUAAGAAGGUAUUUAUGAAUUCAGUCUCCAUUUCAAGUGAUUUGAAUGCAGAUUUAUCACAAAUUGAUAUCAUCUUUUCGGAUAAGACUGGAACACUCACUGAAAAUUCAAUGGUAUUCAAUAAGUGUUGUAUUGGAAAUGAUUAUAUUCAUGAUGAUUAUCAAACCAAGGGUCAUAUUGGACGAGUAUUGAAUCAAUUGAAAGAUUAUCACUUGAUGAAGAAACAUGGAGUCCAAUGGGUUACAAUGAAUGAACAUGGUGAGAGUUUGAACAACAUGAUCUUUCAAUUACCACAACCUGAAAUUGAUUCUAUCAUUUCCAAUCGAAAAUUAUCCAUCUCUUCAGAGAAUGAAUUCUUUUUAGGAAUGAACACAUUACUACUCCUUUCCUUGUGUCAUAAUGUGGCUGUACGUGAGAAACCAUUGCAUGGCUCAGAUCCAUCCAGUACUACUACUACUAGCACUGCAACAAGAAAAUUCUUUGAAGGUGAAAGUGUGGAUGAAGUGGCAUUGGUAUUGGGUGCUGUGAAUAAUGAUUUUGUACUCAAAUCCUUCUCUGAGAAGAGAACCGUAGUUUCUAUUUUUGGAAAAGACUACACGUUUGAGAGAUUGUGUGAAAUUCCAUUCACUCCUGAUCGUAAACGAAUGUCCACCUUCUUCAAAAUUCCACAAGACUUUUUGAAUGAUUUUCCAGUAUUUAAAAAGAUUGCUCAACAACAACACCAUCUCUCAGAUUCAGAUAUCAAUCAUCCUGAGGGAAUGAUUGUUUGUUAUACCAAAGGUGCUGAUAGUUUUCUAUUUCCAUUCAUUGAUCCAUCCAAUUCUAAACUCUUAAAACCAAAAUUAGAUGAACAUAUUUUAGAUUUUGCAAAGGAUGGACUUCGAACCUUACUUUUGGCCUAUAAAUUUAUUGGACAUGAUGAAUUUAAUGAAUGGAUUACUCGAUACAAUGCUGCUAAAUCACUCUUAACAAAAACAAGAGAUCAAGCCAUUGAACAAGCUGAAAAAGAAAUUGAAAAGAAUCUUUUAAUUACAGGUGCCUCAGGUAUUGAAGAUAAGCUUCAACCAAAAGUUCCAGAAACCAUUCGAUUUUUUCUUACAAGCUGGAUUACAAUUAUGGUUAUUAACAGGAGAUAA